UGACGUCACCUUCCUGCGCCAGCCAGCUGUACACACGUGCAGUGUUUUCGGGAAGCGGCUGGUUAAAAAGUGAACCUGAAGCCCAUUAUUAUAUAGGACACUACUCGUAGAAUUGAAAAUGGGUAAAAAGCUAAAGGUCGGAAAGACCAGAAAGGAUAAAUUUUACCAUUUGGCGAAAGAGACGGGGUACAGAUCCCGUUCGUCUUUCAAGCUCAUCCAACUGAACAGAAAAUUCCAGUUUCUCCAGAAGGCCCGGGCUGUGUUGGAUCUUUGUGCGGCUCCCGGGGGUUGGUUGCAGGUGGCAUCUAAGUUUAUGCCAGUGUCCAGUCUCAUUAUUGGUGUGGAUCUGGUGCCCAUUAAGCCGAUCCCUAAUGUGGUGGCCCUGCAGGAGGACAUCACUACCGAGAAGUGCCGACAGGCGUUGCGCAAGGAGCUCCAGACGUGGAAGGUGGAUGUGGUCCUUAACGAUGGUGCACCCAACGUGGGAGCCAACUGGCAGCACGACGCCUUCUCUCAGGCCAACCUCACCCUCAUGGCCCUCAAACUGGCGUGUGAGUUUCUGGCCAAAGGUGGGACCUUCGUCACCAAAGUGUUCCGCUCCAAAGACUACCAGCCGCUCAUGUGGAUCUUCCAGCAGUUCUUCAAGAAGGUCCAGGCCACCAAGCCCCAGGCCUCCCGUAACGAGUCCGCCGAGAUCUUCGUCAUCUGCCAGAGCUUUCUGGCUCCAGAUAAAAUUGAUAAUAAGUUCUUCGACCCCAAAUACGCCUUUAAAGAGGUGGAGGUGCAGGUCAAGACCGUUAAGGAGCUUGUCAACACAAAGAAACCAAAGGCUGAAGGGUAUGAUGAUGGAGACCUCACUCUGUACCACACCUUCUCCGUCACUGAGUUCCUGCGGGUUGAGAACCCUGUGGACUUCCUGAGCAAAGCCAGCGAGAUCUCUUUUGACGAUGCUGAGCUCGAGUCUCACUCCGCCACCUCGGAGGAGAUCAAGGAGUGUUGCCGUGACAUCAAAGUCUUGGGGCGGAAGGAACUCCGACUGCUGCUGUCCUGGAGGGCCAAGCUGAGGCGCCAUGUGGCCAAAAAAGUGAAGGAGGACGGCAAACAGACUGGUCAGGAGAUCAGUAUGGGUUCUGAUGAAGAGAGUGACUCCGACGGUCAGGAGGCGGGUGGGGAGCGAGCAGCUCCGUCUGCAGGGCGAGGCGAUGGCGAAGAUGAGGAGGAGGAGGAGGAGAUGGAUAAGAAGCUGGCGCAGCUGAAAGCAGAGGAGAUCGCUGAGCUCAAACGGAAGAAGAAGAGGCUGCUGAAGGACCGGCGUAAGCAGAGAGAGAGGGUGGAGCUGAAGAUGGAUCUGCCCGGGGUGUCCAUCGCCGACGGCAACGACAACUCCAUGUUCUCCCUCAACACCAUCAAUAAGGCCAAGGCGCUGUGUGAGAUCUCCGGUGGGGACAUGAAGGCGGUGGACGCCCUUCUGGAUGUGGAUGAGGAGGAGGGCGAGGACGACGUGUACUUCUCUGAUGAAGAGGAAGACAAGAUCUCGCUGGCAUCCGACCUCGACUCGGACGACAUGGAGGAGGUGGAGCAGAAGGAGAAAGAGAUGGACAAGAAGCCUAAGAAGAAGGUGACCUUCAGUGCCCCUGAGGAGGAUGAGGAGGAGGAGGAGGAAGGCCAGGGCAAUGAGCUGCUGGUCGACCUGGAGGAGAAAGACGAGAAGAAAGAACGCGAGACCAGCAUGUGGUUCAGCAAGGGGAUCUUCUCUGAGCUGGAGCUUGAUGAGGAGACUGAUGCACUGAAGGAGAUUAGGCAAACUCAGAUACUUCAGAGCAAACAGGCCACCACAGGGCGAAAGAGGAAAGCUGAGGAGCAGCCAUCAGAGGAGCAGGAGAAGGAAGAGGAGGGGCCUUCACAGGAAGUGACUGCAGUGACACAGGAAAAGGACGAGGAGAGUGCGAGUGACACUGAUGACGACAGCAGCAGCGAUGAUGAGAAAGACAUCGCCCAGAUGAAGAGGUCAGCAGGGUCGCGCGGUAACCACGGAGACGGCGACGACGACGACUUCCAAGUUGUGCCGGUGGAGAGCACCAGUAAGAAGGCGCGCGUCCUGACCCCAGAGGGACUGGCCCUGGGGACCGAGAUCGCCACCUCCAAGAAGAAAAGCAGAGACCUGAUCGACGGCUCCUUCCACAGGUUCGCGAGCUCCGAGACCACAUGGGGUGUGCCAGCGUGGUUUGUGGACGAUGAGAAGAAGCACAGGAAGAAGCCCAUCCCCGUCUCCAAGGAGAUGGUGGAGGAGUACAAGCAGCGCUGGAGGGAGAUCGACGCCCGACCCAUCAAGAAAGUAGCCGAGGCCAAGUCCCGCAAGAAGAGAAGGAUGCUGAAGAAGAUGGAGCAGGCUAAGAAGAAGGCGGAGGCUGUGGUGAACACUGUGGACAUCUCUGAAAGAGAGAAAAUGGCACAGCUCAGAAGCAUCUAUAAGAAGGCGGGCGUGGGCAAGGAGAAGCGUGACGUCACCUACAUCGUGGCCAAGAAGGGGGCGGGCCGCAAGGUUCCGCGUCCGUCUGGCGUGAAGGGCCAGUUCCGCGUGGUGGACUCGCGCAUGAAGAAGGACAUGCGAGGCCUGCAGCGCAAGGAGCAGCGAGAGCGCGGGGGCAAAGGCAGGGGGGGCAAGAGGGGGGGUCCAGCAGGCAGGGGGGGCAAGAGGGGGGGUCCAGCAGGCAGCGGCAGGGGGGGUCCAGCAGGCAGGGGCAGGGGUGGAAAGGGAGGGGGAAGGGGACGCAAGUAA